CGGGGUCGCGGGCGGUGCCGGGGGCGGGGCGGCCGCGGCGCUCCAGCGGCGGAGGCGGAGCCGCGCGGGGCGGCCGGCAGUGGCAGCGGCGGCCGCGGGAGAGCUGCCGACGCCAGCGCGGGGAAGAAAAAAGCCUGAGACACGAGCCUAUGAAGACUGGGAAGACAAUUCUGAGUAGCAGUUGUGAAUGGCACAGCUGCUGGGCUCCUUCCGCAGAACAUCUGAAAUGAAUCUCUCUUAUUGAUUGUUUUUAUUGGCCUAGAAUCAGGAAAACUGGAUUUAGUUGACUUCAGGGUAAAAAACCCGAACAGUCCUGGUUAUCAUCCUAAACCUAUGAACCAGUGUGAUGGUGAAAUGAGAUGAGGCUCCGAAAUGGAACUGUAGCCACUGCUUUAGCAUUUAUCACCUCGUUCCUUACUCUGUCUUGGUAUACCACAUGGCAAAAUGGGAAAGAAAAACUUAUUGCUUAUCAACGAGAAUUUCUUGCUUUGAAAGAACGUCUUCGAAUCGCUGAGCAUAGAAUCUCUCAGCGCUCUUCUGAAUUAAAUACCAUUGUACAACAGUUCAGACGUGUAGGAGCCGAAACAAAUGGAAGUAAGGAUGCAGUGAAUAAAUUUUCAGAUAAUACCCUAAAGCUACUAAAGGAAUUAACAAGCAAAAAAUCUCUUCAAGUGCCAAGUAUUUAUUAUCAUUUGCCUCAUUUAUUGCAAAAUGAAGGAAGCCUUCAACCUGCAGUGCAGAUUGGCAGUGGAAGAACAGGAGUUUCAAUAGUAAUGGGAAUUCCCACAGUGAAGAGAGAAGUUAGAUCAUACCUCGUAGAAACUCUCCAUUCCCUUAUCGAUAAUCUGUAUCCUGAAGAGAAGAUGGACUGUGUUAUAGUAGUCUUCAUAGGAGAGACAGAUAUUGAUUAUGUACAUGGUGUGGUGGCCAACCUGGAGAAAGAAUUUUCUAAAGAAAUCAGUUCUGGCUUGGUGGAAGUAAUAUCACCCCCUGAGAGCUAUUAUCCGGACUUGACAAACUUGAAGGAGACAUUUGGAGAUUCUAAAGAAAGAGUCAGAUGGAGAACAAAGCAAAACCUGGAUUACUGUUUUCUAAUGAUGUAUGCUCAGGAAAAGGGCAUGUAUUACAUUCAGCUUGAAGAUGAUAUCAUUGUCAAACAGAAUUAUUUUAAUACUAUAAAAAAUUUUGCACUUCAACUUUCUUCUGAGGAAUGGAUGAUUCUAGAGUUUUCCCAGCUGGGCUUCAUUGGUAAAAUGUUUCAAGCGCCGGACCUCACUCUGAUUGUAGAAUUCAUCUUCAUGUUCUAUAAGGAGAAACCCAUCGACUGGCUUUUGGAUCACAUUCUCUGGGUGAAAGUCUGCAACCCUGAAAAAGAUGCAAAACAUUGUGAUAGACAAAAAGCAAAUCUGCGCAUUCGCUUCAGACCUUCCCUUUUCCAACAUGUUGGUCUGCAUUCAUCACUAUCAGGAAAAAUCCAGAAACUCACGGAUAAGGAUUAUAUGAAACCAUUACUUCUUAAAAUCCAUGUCAAUCCACCUGCAGAGGUUUCCACUUCCUUGAAGGUCUACCAAGGACAUACACUGGAGAAGACGUACAUGGGGGAGGAUUUCUUCUGGGCCAUCACCCCAAUAGCCGGAGACUACAUCUUGUUUAAAUUUGAUAAACCAGUAAAUGUAGAAAGUUAUUUGUUCCAUAGUGGCAACCAAGAACAUCCGGGAGAUAUACUGCUAAAUACAACUGUGGAAGUUUUGCCUUUUAAGAGUGAAGGUUUGGAAAUAAGCAAAGAAACCAAAGACAGACGAUUAGAAGAUGGCUAUUUCAGAAUAGGAAAAUUUGACAAUGGUGUUGCAGAAGGAAUGGUGGAUCCUAGUCUAAAUCCCGUUUCAGCCUUUCGACUUUCAGUUAUUCAGAAUUCUGCUGUUUGGGCUAUUCUUAAUGAGAUUCAUAUUAAAAAAGCCACCAACUGAUCUACUAAGAAACCAACAUACUUUUUCCUGUGAAUUUGUUGAUUAAAGAUAGAAUGCAUGUACUUUUUUUUUUUUUUUUUUACUUGAACACUACCUCUUGUGAAAUCUACUGUAGAUAAGAUGAUUGUCAUUUCUACUUGGAAAGUGAAUCUCCCAUGAUAAUUGUAUUCAUUUGAAACUAAGCUGUCCUUAAAUUUUAACUUGACUCAAACAUUUUACAAUUAAGACAGCCUGUUAAUAUGACUUGUACUAUUUUGAUAUUAUACUAAUACAUAAGAGUUGUACAUAUUGUUACAUUCCUUAAAUUUGAGAAAAACUAAUGUUAAAUACAUUUUAUGAAGGGGGUACUUUUGAGGUUCACUUAUUUUACUAUUAUAUACCCUCUUUUAUAGCUUAUCAGGGAUUAUAUAUGUAUAUAUAAAUAUAUAAAUAUACAUAAAAUGUUAUGGAUUAAUUUAUUAGAAACACUUAAGAAGUACAUAUUUUUGUGCAGUAAAUUUUUGAAUCGAUACUUUUUUUGAAAACCAGUUACCUUGCUUUUUUAAGUUCUUUCUAUCUUUUACUUUGGAAAUGCAAACAUUACAAAUCAAUGCCAUUUUUCAAAUGCACUGCCAUUUAAGAUUGAUUAUAGAUGGAUUUCUUAACUGAAGUACUUUUAUAAUCACGGUGAUUCUGAACAAAAUAUUUUCAAAGACAUUUGUCAUUCCUUAAAGCCAAGAGUUUCAAGACCAAUGUCUUUCUUGAGGGUUAUUUUACUAUACUGUGUAUGGUGUAUAGCCACAAAAAAUCAGUUUGGUAAAUUUGAGUGUGUAAGUGUGAUGCAUUCAAUUUGAAUUGUCAUAAACUUAAGUCAUUACAUUUUCUCUGAUGUGUAAAAUGACAAACUUUUCUUUCCUUUUUAAUCUUUGUCUUUAAUCCACGAGUUAGAUACAUUAUCUUUUGUUGAUUCUUUUAUAUCUGCCCUCAUUUUAUGAAUUCUUAUGAGAUAUUUUCUAAGUGAUGCUAUUGUAUAAGUUAUAAUUGGCAUAAUUUUAAAGAAAAAUUGUAAUAUUGGUUUGGGCGAAAGGGAUUGUAGCAGUCAUAUAUUUUUCCAGAAUGAUUUAUUCUGUCACAUUAUGUAAAUCCUAUGUCCAGAAGAGUAUUGAUUACUCUUAAACAUGCAAUUCUAUAAACAAAGAAUGUUAGCAGCCUCAGCAAUCAGUGAUCUUUAUAAAAGUACUUGACUUAAAAAAAAAAAAAGGAUGAGUUAUCAAUUUCAGUUCCCAGCUGGUCUACUCUGGCACACUAGUGUGCCUCACGGGGGUUGCAUGUGGUUUACAGAUGUGCAGAGGUUGAUUCCCGGGAGCUUUCAGAGUGGCCACUGGCCAAGGCCUUGGGUGGGGAGGAGGUUCUAGAUUGCCUCUAGCCUAGAGGAGUUUCAUCUGCUUACCCAGUUCGCUGAACAAAUAGUGUCAAACAGCAUUAUUUUCUGUGCAGUGUCAUGAAGUAAAAAAGGUUGGGAAACAAAGGUAUAGUAGAAUUAUUUCCAUCAUUUCAUAUUGUAAUAAUUUUUAGUUACUUUUCUUGAUUAAAAAGUCAAUCAUGUUGGCUUGGCACCUGUGAUUACGGCGCCUUGGCACAGUGGUUACGGCGCCAGCCACGUACACGGAGGCUGGCAGGUUCACACCCGGGUUAGGCCAGCUAAACAAUGACAACUGCAACAAAAACAGCCGGGCGUUGUGGUGGGCGCCUGUAGUCCCAGCUACUGGGAGGCUGAGGCAAGAGAAUCGCUUAAGCCCAGGAGUUUGAGGUUGUUGUGAGCUGUGAUGCCACAGCACUCUACCGAGGGUGACAUAGUGAGACUAUUUCAAAAAAAAAAAAAAAAAGUCAAUCAUGUUGCUAAUAAUGAUUUUUAUAUCAGUUAAAAUCCAGUUGAAAUUUUUUAUUAGGAUUUUGGAUUUAAUUUUUGUUUUCUUGAAUGUAAUUUUUAUUUUGUUUGGCCCAGUGCCCAUAAGCAGAUUUUAUUCAAGAAGAGGUAUAUACCCUUUCAUAACCUUAGUAUACUGGCAUAGCAUACUAAGUUACUGCUAGAACUACUGAGUAACAGAAGGUAAAAAUCUGUGCAGGUGUGUCUAGGAGUCCCCUUGGGUCCCUGUUCCUUAGUUGCCAACUCUGGUUUCAAGAUGAAAGGCCAUGCUCUAAAAAUCGCAGGAGCAGAAAGUUAUCAUAGCUCCUGGUGCCAUUUGUGACACCAGCUUCUUUAAAGAUGCUCAGACUGUUUAGCCAGCUUCUUCCUACUUUAGUGUAGUCUCCUGUCCAAUGCUCUUCUCAUCCCGCCUGUUCCUAAGAAUACUUUUAGCCAGAUCUUUUCUAUCAUUCUAGGACUUUCUUGUGUCCUUUUCACCUUGAAAUUAUCAAUGCCUACAAUGUGCCUGGCCAGCCAUUCCAGCCUACCUUCCUUUCUCUUCAGUCCUUGCCACACACUUCCAUACACGCUCAGCUGUCUAGAUUUUAUUGUGGGGUGCGUUUGUGUGUUCUGUCUCUAACCAAAUUUCAAGCUCCUGGGGCAUGCCUGCAGUUCAUACUUCUUACCUAUCCUCUGCUGCAGCAGGUGCUCACGUGGUGUCUGUUAGUUGCUCCCUCCUUUUUGCCCAGUUCUACACUAGACAAGUAGAAGCAGCCAUGAUUUCCUCAAGCAAGAAACUGGAGUGUGAGCAGAGUUAGGGCAGAAGAUUGGAGGAGGUGCAGAGGAGUGCCUGGAACUGAAAGAAGGUAAAUUCUUGACCGUGACAUUGAACCACUUUACCAUAAGUGUCUAAAGUUGGGACUAAUUUUUUAUACACACACACACAUAUAUAAAUUAAAAUAGGUCAUGGUUUGGUUUGGCAUCUGGUGUGUAUUUCACAUAAAACUAUUAGACUCUUGAGUUGUGCUUGCAUGUGUAGUGGCCACUAGACAACUGGGGUUAUUUAAAUUAAUAAAAAAUUCAGCUUUGCAGUCACCGUAGCUGUUUAAUGGCUGUGUGUGACUACACUGGACACUACUCUGUACAUACAGAUACAGAACACUGUCAUCAUUGCAGAAAUUUCUCUAUGUGUCAAGAGUGCUAAUGUGGACAGUUAGAAACCAGAAUUAGUGAAUUCUCAUGAGGUUAAAAGCAGACAUGACUGUAUCAUUAUACAAAUGAUGAUGAGUAUUUUGAAUGAGGAGAGAAAGUUGAUCUAUUUCUAGGAUUCUAAGUUUUCUAAGUUCUUUAUUAUGGGCUCACAAAGCUUGGAUUAUACUGUACUAUGUAGUCAAAAAAGAUAGUGUGAUGAAAACUUUUGGAAAAGUUAAUGCAAAUUGGGUAUUUAGCACAUAGGCUAUAGACGUGUACAUGCAUACUGAUUUAACCAUUGGAGAUGUCUUCGAACAAAGGCAUAGCUUUUACAAAUCAGCGGUUGCACUAAUAAAUCAUUAAAAGGUAUGGUUCUCUUAAAAACCAUAAGCAAAAUUACAAAAGCUUCUUUUAAAUCUAUUAUAAUAAUGAAAAUUGCCUGCCAUCAGUGCUGUCCCUCAAAAGUUUGGUUAUAUGGAAACGGCACCUUUGCAGAGAUUGCUCUGAUGAAUAGCAGUGUAUUUGUGGUGGGCAGAAUCCUAACACCUCCCCACCCCUGCCAAUGACCUUGUAGAAUAUCUAACCCCUUCAAGCAGAGGUGGAACCUGUACAAUCCAUAAUUAUAAUCAUGUCAUAGAACAAAAGGAAGAUUAUGUGGGGUUGGCUAAUUAAAUCUUGUGAACCCAUUAAAAGCAGAGUUUUCUCAGGCUGGUAGCAGAAGUCAGAGACUCAGGAGGAGAAGGAUUCAGGGCACCAUUGCUUUUUUAAGGUAGGAGGAGACACAUGAGAAGGAAUGCAGAUGGCUUUAAAGAACAGACAGGCAAAAUGGGAACUGCAGUCCUACAGCCACAGAAACUGAAUUUCGCCCACAAGCUCAUUCAUGGGCUUGGAAAUGCGUUCAUCUCCAGUCUCCAGAGAAGAUUCAGCCUGGCUAGCAUGGUGAUUCCAGCUUUGUGAGACCCUAAGCAGAGGACAGUUAAGCCUGCUUAGACACUGAACAACAGAACUGCAAGAUAAUAAAUGUGUUUAAACUGAAUUUGUGGCAAUUUGUUAUGCAGUGAUAGAAAAGGAAUGCAAUAUUUAAAAGAGAUCAGGAAGUCUUCAUAUUUGAUUCCCUAUAGUAUGUUGGAUAUUUCUUGAUAAAUGCAAAAAUAAGGUCUUUACUAGAAAUCAUAUACUUCGGCUUUAUCUGGGAUGUACUCUGCCAGAGAUCUUAAAUAGUCUUCACUGGAAGUUUGUUGGCAAAGUUGCAGCAUCUUACUAGUACUUUGUAAAGGAACUGUUAGAAUGAAAUUGUAGGAAAGGGACUGAAACAGUAUACAAGAAAUCUUAACUGUUUUUCUGGAAGAGGUAUUGCUUUAUAGCAAUUUAGACUGCUCUGAGCAGAAGUGUUUUAAAGGAUGAUAAACAGUGGUAUUUUAGAUAUGACAUGAAGAUAAAAUAACUUAGGCCUUUAUGUAGACAUCAGAUAUCUACUCUGUAUCGACAGUUUUUUUCUAAACCAAAACUUAGUUUAUCAUCUAGCACACAUCAGAUUCUCUUGUGGGCCAACUAAAUUUUUGUUACUUUAAAAAUGUUUUCCAUAGGUGGUGCCUGUGGUUCAGUGUUAGGGCGCCGGCCCCAUAUAUUGAGGGCGGUGGGUUCAAACCCGGCCCCUGCCAAACUGCAACAAAAAUAGCCAGGCGUUGUGGCAGUGCCAGCUAAUUGGGAGGCUGAGGCAAGAGAAUCACCUAAGCCCAGGAGCUGGAGGUUGCUGUGAGCUUUGACGCCACGGACUCUAGUGAGGGCGAUAAAGUGAGAGUCUGUCUCUAAAAAAAAAAAGGUUUUCCAAAAUACCUCUCUGCAUACAAGCCAUUAAUUGCUAAUGAAGUUUAUUUUUAUUUUGGUUUAGUCUUAAUUUUUGUGCUUAUUUUUCUGUACUGCCAGGGCCUUGAUGUAAGACAAGUAGAACUAAAGGAAGGAAAAUCAGGUUAUAAACUAUUAAAAGAUGGGAAAUUUGAGUCAUAAUCAUAUCUUAGUGUUAUAAGAGAACUUAGUUAUCCAAUCCCUUUCCAAGCUAGCUAGCAAUAUUUACAGUGUAUAAAAUGUAGUUUAAUUUUGAUAGUUGUGAAAUUCUAAAUUAAUCCUAGAUAUAUGCUAUGGUAAGUAGUAUGCUUACUUUCUUUAAUGCAUGUUAACACACACUGCUAAGACAAUAUUAUUUAAAAAGCAACCAAACUGAAGAUUUUGUUACACUUCAUAUCAUCAAUACCUAUAUAUCAGCUCUUCUUACUUGAAACACUUAACGUCACCAGUUCAGGCAUUAAGUAGUAAUGUUCAAAGGAACAAACAGCAAGGAGUGAGCUGAGAAUUUAGAAGACACUGUUCUAGAAAGUAAACUAGAAGCUGAAGGGAAGAACUUUGUGCAAAUUAUCAUUCCCACUGUUAACACUGCAGUAAAAAUGUAAAAUAUAGUGGUGCUAAAUUUGUUCUAAAAUAAAGAUUAUCUGUUGUGGGGAGUAUUUUAAUAUUUUUGGACAUUAGGGAGGCUAUUUUAUGUUAUUGUGUACUCCUAGCUGUGUUACUGUAUUAGUAAUUAGCAAACUGUCCUGGAAUCAAAGGUUUGGUACUUUAGCUUGACUAGCAUUCCGUUCUUUAUUUGAAAUGCUCAGUGUUUGCUCAAAUUUGGUGAAAAUAUCUUCUGAAGACAUAUUCUCUGAGCCUUAAAAAUGGCUGAUAUCGACCGUACUGUAAGAUGCACUGCCAGCAGAUUUGAUACUUUUCAUUUCAGCAUAGACAGUAACAUUUUCUAAGAAAGAUUUAGAAAUCAGCUAAAUGUAACAAUUGUAUAUUUCAUUUAUGGAAUGAAAACAAUGAAAGCGUGUCUCAUUCAGAACACUUUGGAAAGACUGUCUUUGCGUUUAGGGAUUGUCUGGAAGCAUCCCAUGGAGAAGCGGCCUGAGGAAUCUCUGCCAGGUUGUACUAGAUUAUUUUUCUUCUUAAAUGUAUUGUACAUAUUUUCCUUAAAAUGUCUCCAUUAGUUGACUAGUUAAUACUGUAGUAAUAUUUUAGGUACCUGUUGGAUUUUUAAAGGAAGAUUAUUUAUUUUCAGAUUUGCUGCUAUAACUGAAAACCGAAUAAGUGGUCCUGUUGACUGUGCCUUUCAUCACUGUUUCUCUGUACCACAGCUGUUCAUGUGUAUUUGAAAUAAAGAAGUUUAAAAAGCCA